AUGAGCUCAUUUGAAAACGAAAAAGAAAAGGAAACAGAAAAAUCUCUCGGACAUGUUAAUAAAUUUUUCGAAGAUAAAUCUUCAAUCCUACCUUUUUCGAAUGAAAUCCCAACUCAACUGAUCGACAAAUGUGAACGAGGAUUCAAAUUCAAUGAAGAUAAAUCUAUUAGACAAGUAUCCAGAAAAGCACUUGAUAUUGACAUUUCUAAUUUCAAUCAAACUUAUCGGAAAGUUGAAGAAACUAAUGAAUUAAAUUAUGAAACCAACGAUAAUUAUGCUAAACAAAAGCUUAAACAUUUUAAAACAUCUACUGAAAAUUCUCAAGAAAGAUGGGAAAUGGCAGAAAUCACUUUAGAUUCGUGUGUUAAACCAACCAAUUAUUUUAUUGAAGAUGUAAAGAAUGCAUUGAAAAAAAGUACAAAUUCGGAUAAAAUAAAAGAACUUCGUAAUAUAAUAGAAAAUUAUGGUAGUUUUUACGCAUUCAAACUUGUUUUUGGCAAGGCUAUAAUCAAAACAAAAAUUUCUUAUAGUAGAUCAGAGGAUGUUUCAAAAGUUCAUAACUCUGAAGCACAACUUGGGGGUGGUUUGACUCAACAAAAUGCUGAGUUAAAAGUUUCAAAUGAAGUUCAAAGUGAAGAAAAGAGUAUUUACAGUAAUUCAACUGCUAAAAUUGAAACUGUUGGUGGAGAGGAUUAUACCAACUGGGAAGUAAUUAGAUAUGAUGACUUUCAUAUAAUAUUUGAUUUACUUAAUUGUGAUAGUUAUAAAGAUUUAUGGAAACAAAUUAUAGACAUUUUGGGUUACCGAAUUUUAAGUGCGGGAGUUGAGACUUUAAAUUUUAAUCCUAGAAAUCGACUUCCAUUUGAAUUUGGAACAGAAAUAACAAAAAUAAAAAAUCUUUCUAAAUGUCAUAUUUAUGCGUCAAUAGUAAAUGAAAAUGAAAAUAUUACGAAAGCAUUUUCUUUGCACGUUGAUUUUGUGGAUGAACAUACCCCUGAAAUUUUCGUUCAUUUAAUUAGACAUAAAAAAGGCAAAACAAAAGUUAAGCAUUAUAAAUUGAAAGUUUGCUGGAUUGUUGUUGGAAAGCCAGCAGAUGUCGAUUUUGAUAUGGCAGGAACCGAAUAUCCAGUAAUACUUAGAAGCUAUAAAUAUAGUGGCUUUCAAAAUAAAAAUAAUAUUAUGCAAAUUCCUGUUGCUCAAGAUAUUAAAGAUAUUCCAAAACACGCUGAAACUUGCAUAUUAAGCACUUGUGUACUAGAAUCUUAUUCAGAGACUAACCGUUCUAUUGAUAGAUCCAAACCUAUCUUUGUUGGUACAUACUUCUCAUUUUAUGAAAAAUUUGCAUGUUUAUAUGCAUAUAAUAGCAAGGGAGAGGCUUCCAUUGAUCCGCAAAUUUUACAAAGAUUUACAUUACACUUUUGUGAUAAAAAACGAAAAUUGUCUUACGGCGUUGAUGAUAGAAAAAAAAUCUUGCCUAUUAAAUGUAAUGAGAACCUUGUUUUCGUAAAUCAAGUGACUUAUUGUUCUGAUAAAAACUGCAAACAUAACGGUUUUAUUAAUGUCAAUUUGCAUGAAAUUAUUUAUGGAUCAUUUGAUUCUCAUUGUAUGAAUUGUGUGAACGAAGAUUGCGAAGAUUGCCAUAUGGGAAAAAUUGCUUAUCUGAAAUUUCCAUUAGAAGUUAUGCCCUAA